AUGAUCUUGAUGCCAACCUCCUGGAAAGACACCCUCUUGUUUGUUGUGGGCAAUACGCAAUACAUUCAACUGACUUUCGCAGGAAUUGCCACUCGACAAGAGGAUGUCGCAUCUGAAGACAUGCAAAGCAACAAACUCUCUCACAUUUCCAUUUUGUUUUUGACUGCACGUGCAACCGCAGCCCGAGCUUCCAUUUCCCCCUUGACCAUGACAACGGAUAAGAUGAUCACGGUCAGCAAGCAGUUCCUCUUUCGUCACAUGACCAUUGGUGCUGCGACGAUCAUUACCAACAACAUUGCCAAAGAUCUCGAUUUGCAGGCUCUAGAAGCCGCGGUCUAUCGACUGGUGGAUCGAAACCCCAUUCUUUCAGGAACCUUGUGCUAUGGUCCCAAAGAUAAUCCUGGCGUAUUUGUAACUCCCGGAAAGUUUGACAAGUUUGUCUACCGCAUCGAGGUGCCUCGGGGCACAACCAUCCCUAGCCCAGUCAAGUUGGUGGAGGCUGGAAAGACGGCCGAGCUACAAGAACUGGUGCAAACUCAUUUGGAGCCUCUGAUUCCGCCCUCCCAGCCGGGCAAUGACGAGCUGGCCCAACAGAAGCAGCUCUUCUCCAUUUACGUCCUGGAAUUGGAAGAGGGAUACUUCUACUAUGCCUACCGCUUUAGCCAUGCUAUUGGUGAUGGCGUGACGUACUACAAGGUUAUGGAAGAACUCAAUUCCAUUUACAAACUGCAACUUACAGGUGGCCACCAAGAGGAUGAGAGCGCGAUAUUGCCUCCUGCCAUUCAGUGGGAAUCCCGUUCUGCCAUAACCUUUGAUUUUACCCAUCAAGCUCUUUCGAUUCCCUUCUGGAUUUCUAUCAUUUCCAUGGCAAUUGUUUCGGCUAUCUUUGGGAUGCCCAAGACUCAAAAGAUCUUCUUGAGCCAAGACAAGAUCAAUGCCAAGAAGAAAGAGCUCCUGGCUCACAAUGAUGGCACAGCCAAUGCUGGUGUAGACCUGCCCUAUCUUAGUACCAACGACGUUGUCACUGCAGCCAUUUGUGAAGCCACCGUGGAUCACAAUACCCAGAAACCGGCAUACGAUUGUAUGGUUCUCUCUGUGGACUAUCGUUCUCGUUGGCCGAAUUGCCAUCCCAACGAUGGGGGUAGCCUCACAAGUCUAUUCCCUGUCUCGUGCACUCCGAAGCAAGGACAAGAUCCCAAAGGGAUCCGUAGAGCAGUGCAGUCCAUCCAAGGCAAUCCAAACCAAGACAUUCCCUUUUGGCCUUUCUUUCUGGGACGAGGCUACAACGAGACCAAUUGGGCAUGCAUUCAAAAGACUCUUGCAGGAACCGUUUUUCAUGCUCCAUCCAAGAGCAUCGUGGAUGUCAAUCCCAUGCCAAUCGCAAUCAUUUACCAACCUAACCCGAAAGAAAUUGGCAUCAUGUGCAAGUUGGCUCAUAUUGCGGAUGAAAAGAAUGGAAAGAAGCAGGGGCUCUUGGCUGGAAUUCUCAUUGAUUGA